UGCUGCCGGGAACAUUAUAACAUAACAAAAAAAAUCUAAAUUGUUAUAAAGUGCUAAAUUAAUACUUCAAUUUUAAUAACAGUAAAGAAUGAUGUAAAAGUAAUCGUUACGAUAUAUUCCUCGAUCGUAAUAAUCAAAAUAAACUUCAUGUUAUUUAUGUAGAUCAUUGUUCGUAGUGUGAUUGAUGUGAAGUUUGUUUAAUAAUUAGACUUCAGCUAUUGACAAAAAUGUAUAUAYGCAUGUACAAAAAUGUUCGUACGCCAAAAAAUAUUCUACAUCAAUAUGUGUACUGAAACAKKUGAAGCAACGUAAAUCUAAAAAAAGCUAACUACAUUAUCCAAUUGAUAGUGUUUAUUUUGAAUUAUUUGUUUGUCGUGCACUUAUAUUCGCGGCUAUGAACAAGAGUUUUGAAAACCUUUUACAAAGCGCCGGCGGCGACAUGUCSUCCGAACGCCAAUCGUCGGAAGAUGUACACGAAUCUGCAGCUGAGGAUGCCGGCUUGGAUGCGGGUGAUGAUUUUACCGAUGACACGAACUUCGAAUCGAAUCUGCGUAGACGCAAGGGCAAAAUCAUAUCUUGUGCCAAGGAAACGAUUGAAAACGCGUCCCGUCAAUUACGUCGAAAAGUUCCAUAUGCUGGGCACUUAAUGACGCCGCGUCGCCUUUGGUUGAAUAAAAUACCGACACAAUGUGAUGUUGUCAUCGAGUUUCCAGAAGAUGCGCCUGACGAGGCUCUUCGUUGGCUUCUCUCACGAUUGCGUUCUCAACCACCAUCGGGGCUUGGAUUGGUUGUACAAGUGAAGGCUCACGAAAGUACACGCCGGAAUGCUUUCUACAUUAGUGCACCAACGAAUGUAUUAUUUAAAGCCGCCGAAGAAGCACGAUUACCGAAACGCUUACGUCCUGACCUAGGUGGUGCCUUACGUGAAUUCACAACACGGGAAAGUCAUUGUUUUCAGCAACUGCGGAUCGAAGAUGGAAGCAGUGCACUUUUCACCUCACAAGAACGGCAAUGGCUGGUGCUGCAGGUAUUGCAAGGCCUCCGUGCCAGCCAGGCGGAUAUCGAAGCCCUACAGGGCCGUGCAGCCGUAGCCGAAGGGCAAAGCAUUGUUGCAGCCUGGCAAGAAACUGGUCUAAUUGUGCAGGUUUUUCCGUUACAUGAAACCCGCUCUCUGGCGCUGCUACAAAAYAGUUGGGUAAAACAGAUUUUCGCCCCUCAACCACUUGAUGAUAUAGCUGAAUAUUUUGGUGUGAAAGUAGCACUUUACUUUGCGUGGCUGGGCCAUUACACCUGCGCUUUAGGCGUACCAGCUGUCUUUGGCAUGAUAUUGUAUGCAGCUCUCUGGGGAAAAGGACAAACAGCGCAAGAUAUGGGACACGUGCUAUUUUCACUAUUUAAUGUAGCGUGGGCUUCAUUAUAUUUAGAGGCUUGGAAGCGGUAUUCUGUUGAACUCGCUUUUCGUUGGGGGACCUUAUCGACACCCCCUGAACUACUUGAACCGCCUAGACCACUCUAUAAG